ACACAUACAAUUUUGCAAUUUUCGGUCGCUCUGAUAUCGGACUUGCAUUGUCGUGCAGGAAGCGUUUCCAAAAUGAUUUGGUGGCGCCUAACCAUAUAAAUUAGCGCGCUGCGCCCGCUGCAGUGCUACAGACCGCAUCACAGACCACAAAAUGAACAAUUUGGACCACGUCAAACACUUCUAUCCCGACAACUACAAAUUAGACUUAUCGGAAACCAUGAAAGCUGCUCUCUCCAAGGGUCCCAAUGCUGCUGGCGUUUCAGUCGGCGGCGGCGGCAGCAGCGGUGGUGGUGGUGUUGCAGCCGCCAUGGGCGCGCCCCAUACGGACAUGCUGCCACAACCCAAUGCCGGACUCCCAGGAGUGGGUUAUGUGACCGAAAAGCUCUACAUGCUGCUGCAGCUAUAUUUGCAGAACAAAGGCUGGAAUCCUAGUGCCGAGCUGUUGCAAUGCUUCACCGAUCUAAAGGACAAUGCCAUGUUGCCAAGUGCCGCCUAUUUGCAAGUACUGGCCAAUCGUCUCACACUCGACUCCCAAGGACGUUUAAUCCUUCGCGAGAAUGGCAAGAUUGUGCUGCCGUUCGAGCACUUCGCUAAUGCUGUCAUGCUGAAGCAUAUGUCUGGGCCGCAUGGCCUCCACUUAAGCGUAGAUGCGACCGUGCGCGCAGUAAUCGAAUCCUACACUAUUGGACGCGACCAGUUUGGCAUGGAGAAGGAGUUCAUCAUUGAGGUGGUGCAGAGCUGUCCGAGUCCCGCCUGCCGCUAUUAUAAAAACCAUAUGGGAAUCUCGCCGCUUCCAUUUAUCGAUCAGCAAUUUCCGGGCGUCUCUACGCCCGACUUCUUGCAGCGCCUCUCGCACCUGCCACCGCAUGGUGGUGCUGCCUCUAGCGGUGCUGGUGGCGGUGCUGCAGCUGCCAGUGCAGCUGUCGGUGGAGCUGGCGGCCCAACAGUGGCCAGCGCUGGCGUCGAAAUCGAUCUAUCUAAGACGGCAGCGGCAGCAGUGGCGGCGGCGGCCGCCGCAAAGGUGCCCUCGCAGCUGCAGCACCUAACCAAGCAGCAGCAGAACAGUCUGCAGUCGCAGCUGUCGCAGAUAAGCGCCGCAGCUGCCCAUCAUCAGCAGCAGCUGCAGCAGCAACAACAACAGCAGCAGCAACAACAGCAGCAGCAACAGCAGCAACAACAACAGCAAGCGGCCCAGGCGGCCAAGCACCAACAGCAGCUGACGGCGGCGCUUAUCCAGCAGCAGAAUCGCGUGCUUGCCCAACAAAGUCUCGAGAAAUUGAGCAAUCUCAGUCCGCUGGAGAAGCAGCGCGUCUUUGCCCAACUCGAUCCCAAGCACUUUGAUCCGAUGGCGGUGGCUGCAGCGGCGGCCAACCUGCAGAUUCAAGGGCUGAUGCAAUCGCAGGCGGUGGCAGCAGCGGUCGCUGCCAAUCAACAGCAGCAGCAGCAGCAACAACAACAACAACAGCAGCAACAACAACAACAACAGCAGCAACAACAGCAGCAACAGCAGCAGCAGCAGCCCACAAACUCGUCUUCCGCUGGGAGCAGCAACAGCAGCAUCAGCAUCCAUGGCCAUCACUCGCUGCCGCCUCCUUCCCAGUCGCCGCACUCAUCCUCGUCGUCUUCCUCGCAUUCCUCGCUGGAUCAGCUCUCCCACAAAACUGUGGACUCACUUCGCUCGAAUCUGGACUCCAUUGAAUCGAACAAGGAUCUGUUGGCCCUGCAUAAUGGGGCGUGGGGCGCAGCUGCCGCUGCGGCCAAUCAUGAUGCCAAUCGCAUGGACUUAAUGCCCGUCGGCCAGGACAAGAUUGUGCGCAUCUUUGCCGAACUGAUGCGCAAUAUGGCCCGCAUGAAGACCUACAUAAGACCCUCCAUGUGCAAGCCCUAUGGCAAGCAGAGCGAGAGUCUCCAGAAGACGCUUAUGGACACCAUACAGAUUGUGCAAACGUUGCGAAACUGCUUGCCGGCGCCUCAUAUACCCGUCACCUCCUGGAAGAGUGAAAGCGAAGGCAGCGUUGGCGUUGGCGUUGGAGUGGGCGUCAAUGUCGGUGUGGGCGUGCCGGUACCCCCAGGUCUGGGCCUUGGCGCGGCACUCGGCCUACAGCCGACCCGAGUGGACAACAUGCAUUAGGCAACGAAAUUGAAAAUUGGAACCACAUUUGUUGGUAAGGUUGGAAUGAUAAUCAAAAGAAAAAGCAAAAGCAAAGAAAAGAAGAAGAGAGACCGGAAUAGGACAACCGUAACAUCGAGCAUUUUACCUUAACGGAAUCCCACACAUUCACUUAAAAACGCACACAAACAAACAAAACUCUUCCAGAUCUAGAGAUUAGCAGCAGUUAGAGGAACCACCACAUGAUGGGCAUGAUGGAGAAGAAAUGGGAUUGCAAGGAUUGCCUUUAAAAAAAAAAAAAAACAAACGAAUAUCAGAAAUAUUUUCGAACUUCCAGUCAUUUCCUUGCCAUCUAAAUUUUUCUAUUGUUUGCGCAAUCUUCGUGCAUGAUGAAGAAAUAAGAUAACAAAGAAAUGACAAGUAAAUUACAAAAAAACGUACAAACGAAUUGAAAAUGAUAUUCCGGAAAAAAGUUUCGAACUUCCAGUCAUUUCCUUGCCAUCUAAAUCUUUCUAUUGUUUGCGCAAUCUUCGUGCAUGAUGAAGAAAUGAGGUUGCAUGGAAAUGCUGCGCCAGUUUCAAAAAAAAAAAAUGGUAUUCCAGAACUAUUUUUGGUCCUCAACUCAUUUCCUUGCCAUCUAUUAAUUCUAUUGUUUGCGCAAUUCUCAUGCCAUAGCAUAGUUUAUACACGUCUGGUCAUAAUUGCAGCUGCACCUUAACAUCAAUUCUAUCUAGAAAUAACAGAGAAUGGUCUCUAGUAAGAUCUAAUCCAGUAAUUGCUUAACUGAAUCGGUCAUCGAUUUACUAAGCCUCCUUAAACUGAAAAUGCAACUAAAGCAAUAGUUCCCUGGAACCGUAGCGCCUAUAGUUGUUAAGGUGUAGCUGCCUAGGGCGGAGGAGUGUAUCCAUAAAUAUAUAUACAUAUAUAUAUUUAGGUAUAUAGUAUAGUAUAGCAAUUCACAUUCAUAUAGCAAUCCUACGCUCAAGUUUUCGAGUUAGCCCUGCUUACAUAUAUUUAUAUAUAAAUAUUGUUUUUUUCAAUUUUUUUUUUUGGGAAUUACGUGCCAUUUUUCAACACAAGACUCGAUUCGUUUUCCAUGUUCGACUGAUAUUUAGAUUUAUGCGCUCAAGUCCUGCUAGAGAGACUAUGUGUAUUAGAAGGGGGGCAUCGGUGGGGUCCCAUCUAGGAGUGCGCUGUACGGGUGAGGGAGCAGGAUUUCGGAUAUAGAAUGUGUAUGUGUAGAUCGAACCUUGUACAGAGCAUCGAUUGAAAUACGGCCAGGGCCGAUUUUAAAAUACCUAAAGCCAUCUAUCUCUCCGUUCUCUCACUUUAUUUUAUUUCAAGUUUUAUUUUUAUUUUAUUUUUUAAAUCUGGUUUAUUCUCCCCAGUCUUUCUCUUUCAUCGUCGCGAAUAAUUUGGUUUAAUUUUCGUUAUUUUUUGCGUAAAACAAAAUUUAUGGAAGAGGAAACAAAUUCUCGAAAAGCAAAAAAGAAGCAAACGAAACAAAAACGAGUAUUAAUUAAAUAAAUUGGCAAAAUGUCUGUGAUAUUUAAAUUUAUGUUUAAAGUAACGAAAAAGAAAAAUGAGAAAAGCAAGAGGAAAUUUUUUAAGUUUUCUUACGUUCCUUCGUUCGUUGUGUACGUGUACUUCCAGUUUUUUACUUUGUGCAAUAUUUAUUAGGCGUCUCUAUAACUGAUUUUUGUGCAAUUGAUUUCGGCGAGUAGAAGAGAUAAAAGCAAAAACAAAAAAAAAAACAUAAACAACAACAACUUCACAUUCAUAUCAAGAAGGUAGAAAGGAAGGAAGUAGGGAAGUGGGGAAGGUAGGAAGUAAAGAAGCGGAAAAGUAAAAGUAUUAAGAGUAAAAAGCGCAUAGCAUUAAAUAAACUAAAAUAUACAUACAUACAUAUAGCAUAUACGACAUACACAAAUACAUACACACACACACACACACACAUACACACACAUUGUGUUGGAGCCGUGGAGCAGGUGUGGCAGGUGUGGUGUGCGUUCUGCAAAUGGAGUUGUAUUAGUUCUUAAGGAUCAGCUGAUGGGUUGUAUUACGGCUACACACACACACACACACACACACACACACACACACACACACAUGGCCUAAACACUCUCUAUCACCCACACAUAUGCAUGCAUACUUAAUAGGUACGUCUAACUAACAGUAUUAGAAACGGUAUUGUGUAAUGGCGCGACUCGCACUGAUAAGUAAUUGCGUGCAAAAAAGAUCAUACAUUAGAUAAAGUUGAUAAAAAUAUAAAAGAAACAGGCAAAAUCAAAUAUACACAGCCACUCACACACACAUAUACACAUACACAACAAACACACAUGCACAAAUAUACAUUAAUAUCGCUUAAAGUUUAACUUUUUGAUCUAAUAAAAAUAAACAUUUUAUUCUAAGCAAA